AAGUCUUCAUGAGGAGAAGAAAGGAAGGGAAUCCUUUGGCUAGCACCAUUUCUUCUUUGGUCUUUGAAAGACCGUGUUUCCAUCAUCAUGCAGCAGACAUGGAGCAGUGAACUUUUACUAUCGUGGAUCGUGUCGAUGAUAGUGAUGGACAAGAAAGCUAUCAUCUAUCUUAUCUCUCUGCAGAAUGGGCCUGAAAGCUACGAACCCCCUCCCCCCUCUAAUGGCACCCUCUUAAAGUUGGGUUUCAGGUUCCUUGCAAGUUGCAACACUUCCAAAGUUCAAAAGAGCCCUUUCAACACUUUCAAAGUUGAAGUCCACAUGAGACAUGAGAUAUUUCCAUCACAGGCACAAGCUUCAUUAGAGACCAUUCGAGACCAUUCGAGACUGAAUCUACAAUCGCGCUUACUUACAUGGAAGCUGUUUUAGGGUUUUAUGAUAUUGAUGUACAUUUUCGAGACAUAUCUGGAUUUGCGGCAACAUGCUGCUCUUAAGCUGCCAACACUUCCUAAAUCUUUGGUAGGAGUUAUCAGUUCGGAAAAAUUCGAGAAGUCUCGAGUUUAUAGUCUUGAUAAAAGCUACUUUCACUUUGUUAAUGAGGCUGUAUCCAUAAUAAUGGACACUGCUAUUUUGUGCUUCGGUGUGUUGCCCUGGUCCUGGAAGAUAUCGGGGGAAUAUCUUGUUUCUAUUGGCCUCGAUCCAGAGAAUGAAAUAUUACAUUCCUUGGGGUUCUGGGCUGGUGGUAUGAUUUGGUCAGAGGUUACAGACUUGCCAUUUUCCUUGUACUCAACUUUCGUGAUUGAGGCUCGACAUGGUUUCAAUAAACAAACAAUAUGGCUUUUCUUUAGAGAUAUGUUCAAGGGAAUCUGCCUUUCAAUCAUACUUGGACCACCAAUUGUUGCUGCCAUCAUUAUUAUAGUACAGAAAGGAGGUCCUUACUUGGCCAUCUAUCUCUGGGGAUUUAUGUUUGUUCUAUCCAUUGUGAUGAUGACCAUUUAUCCUAUAUUAAUUGCUCCACUUUUCAAUAAGUUUUCCCCUCUCCCUGACGGAGAACUAAGAGAGAAAAUUGAGAACCUUGCUUCAUCACUCAAGUUUCCUUUAAAGAAGCUCUUUGUCGUUGAUGGAUCUACGAGGUCAAGCCAUAGCAAUGCCUACAUGUAUGGAUUUUUCAAAAAUAACCGCAUCGCCCUCUAUGAUACACUAAUUCAGCAGUGCGAAAACACUGAGGAAGUUGUCGCUGUUAUUGCGCACGAACUGAGGCAUUGGAAGCUUAAUCACACAAUGUAUACGUUCAUUGCAGUGCAGGAACAUGCUAUCAACAUAUAUGAUGGAGUGCUCCCCAAACACCCUUCCCAAGUCUUCUCCCAUGAGAUAGUUGGCAUCAAGGGUAUAACAGCCUCUUGGUUCUAUGAACCUAAUUCCAAGGGACUACAUGAUAAGUUUGUUGGUCUCCUCCCACCAUCCCAUAGUUUCUGGCUCCAACCUUUUCACAUUUAUUACAUAAAUAAAGCCUACAUGUAUGGAUUUUUCAAAAAUAACCGCAUCGCCCUCUAUGAUACACUAAUUCAGCAGUGCGAAAACACUGAGGAAGUUGUCGCUAUUAUUUCCCACGAACUGGGGCAUUGGAAGCUUAAUCACACAAUGUAUACGUUCAUUGCAGUGCAGGUCCUUACAUUUUUGCAAAUUGGAGGAUUUACUCUUGCGAGGAACUCAAAGGAUCUAUUUCGAAGUUUUGGGUUUGACACACAGCCGGUGCUCAUUGGGCUCAUCAUCUUUGAGCGCACUGUAAAUCUUCUCCAGCAUCUUCUUAGCUUUGGUCUUAAUCUUGUUAUUCGAUCUUUUGAAUUCCAGGCUGAUGCUUUUGCUAAGAAGCUCGGUUAUGUGAAGGCACUUCGUGCAGGUCUUGUGAAAUUACAGGAAGAAAAUCUUUCGUCCAUGAACACUGAUCCAUGGUACUCAGCCUACCACUAUACUUGUCCUCCAGCUGUUGAAAGACUGGCAGUGCUCGAUGAACCUGACAAGAAAGUAGAAUGAGGGAUAAUUUCUUGACAGGAAAUGACAAAUAUGAGCGCCUUGCUGCACCCAUUAGAGAGGUUAAUUUUCUCAUCAAGGUGGACCAUUGCGAGAAUGAGCAUUGAUGAAUCUUCUUUUGCUUUCUAUAUGAAUCAAGUUGGAACUA